UCCAGCGCGCAGAGCUCCGAAAUCCUCCUCCUUUCCCGCCCAUCCCCGUCCCCGAAAUCCCCAAAUACGCGCACAAAAAUUUCCCCACACGCGGCGCCGCAAGCGCAAUCCGCACCACGGCAAUGGAGGCCGCCGCCGCCGACCUCCUCGCCGCGCUCUCCUCCCCGUCCUCCCAAUCCGGCCUGACCUCCCGCUUCGCCGCCUACCUCGAGCCCUUCUCCCCCUACCUACCCACGCUAAACCCUAGCGCCAAACCGCCGGCGAAGAGGACGGCGAAGCAGCGCAAGCAGCAGCCGCCGCCGCCGCCACCCGACGCGGCCACGGUCCGCCCGCUCGCUAAGCGGUUCCUCCCCUUCCUGUGCCGCGCGCUCCAGGUACUCCCGCUGCUACUCCGCCCCAACCCUAGCUCAGGCGACGCCGGGUGCACCGACGAGCUGCUCGACGUUUACGCCCUCCUCCUUGACUGCCUCGCGGUCAUAUCGGCGUGCCUCGCCGGGAAGCCCUACUCCGUGCUGCUCCAGCGCGGCCGAUUCGUGUGCUGCCUCGAGUCGCGCGGACACUACGCACGCGCCGAGGCGGACGCUGCUGCCACUCUGGAUUCGCUUCGGUCUGUGCUGUCAGUGCCGACGGCCUCAAAGUCUCGCCGUGCUGCGACUGCGAGUUUUGCUUCCCUCCUUCCUGAUCCUGGCAUCUCAGGGGAGGCUGGUGCGGACCCUGAAGUCACCAUCCUCGCGAUUGAGCUCACCGUGUGCUUUGCUAAUUGUGCCAGCAAGUGCAAGGUGAAGGAAGCUGCCCCAUACGAACGGGUUGUCAGCCUUGUUGACCAACUCCAGCCAUGGCUUCGGAUUCUGGCUGAGGAUGUCAGCAGGAAGUAUCUGACACUGCUUGUGAAUGCAUUAAGUCGCUGUGCCAUUCUCUUGGUUGCUGAAUAUUCAGUGUUCAAUACCAACCUUGUGUGUGAAUUCUGUCGUGCAACCUUGGGGGAGUGUAUGAAGGCGCAAACUAUUGAACGCUUGCCGGCAGUUGCUCGCAAGAUUUGUUCAUCUGUAGAUGUGAGUUGGGGUGGGGGCACUCAGCUUUUGCUUGAUGUCUUAAAGACCGUUGUUGGGUCUGCUGCAUGUCUAAAGGCUGACUUACCAAGGGCUGUAAAUGGGCUUGUAGAAUUUGUAGCAUAUUUUUCUCGAAGCUUUGUUUCUUCAAAUUGGGAUUUAUCUGUUGGUGCUGCUGAGCUAAUUUAUGAACAAGGUGGUUAUUUCUCUGAGGUUUCCUCAACCCCUGCAACUGCCUCAGUACUUAUUCUUUAUGCCAUUGGAUUAUACUGUAGUGCUCAGCAAAUUGAAAAUAGAGAGCGGCCUCAUAAAUCCACAGAUUUUCUUAAUGAUGAAAAGCAUCUACAAACUUUAAAGAGUGCCCUUGCCACACUGGCACAUCUUUUUUGUUUUGCCAAUGGUAGAUCCAUUCCACUUGAUACUAUGGGUAAAGCUUCUAGUUCAUCAAUGCAGCCUGGGCAUUCUAAUAAGAAGAACAGUUUGUCUCACUCUGAUGACCAUAUAUCUUUUGUGGCAUACCUGGAUUCGCUAGAGUUUCUUUGCAAGAUAUUAUCACAGUACGUGAAUGCAGUUUGGAAGAACUUCUCUGAAGGAAUAACACCCAAUUAUUCUAUAAACAUGACCUAUGUGUUAACAGCACUGCAUCAGUUUAUCAAUUCCAGCAUUGCAGCUUAUAGCUGUACAGAAAUGCCUGAAGGAGACAAGGAUAAACAGCAUGAACAACAUGGAACCUUGCUGAGAGCCCUAGUUUCAGCAAUGAAAGUUUCUUUUAUUACCAAUGAAGGUAUCCAGAAGAGCGUGUCCUUCAUCAAAUGUGCCAUUUCAAGUACAUGGAUAAAACUUGAUGAGAUCAAAUUUCUCAUGUCCUCACUUGGUAACAUCGGUGUGACGCUUUACAAUAUUGGACAUUUGGAUGAGGCACCAAAGGCUUUAGAGCUAUGUUGUCAAACAGUAUGGGUGUAUGCCAGGCUUUCUUACCAUAGACUAUCUGCAAGCCAGGACGAACAGAGAAUUAUUGAGGAUAUACCGAAAGAUACAUUGAAGGACAUCAGUAUGGAUGCGUUUGCUAAGAUUACCAAGAUGGUUGACAUUCUCCAUAGAUGUGGAGUAAAAAUAAUACCUGAUAUUAUUGUGAAGAGCUUGUCUGAAUUGCUGGCUAAUGAUAGCACAUCCGAAUUUUUGAACAGUUCAUUAGUCCUCAUCAAGUUGUGGGUUAAGAUAACACACAAAGAUGCUAAGGAUGAUGAAAGUGUUGAUAGUGCUCCCCUUCUGUACCACUCUCUUAUGGGUUGUACACCUCCUUUGCCUACAAAGUUGGUAGGCUUAAUUUUAGAGCAGGAAUUAUUGGCUUAUGCAUUAGUUGAAUCUCGAGGCACUAUGUUUUGUGUAGAAAUGCAAAAGAGGAUCACAAACAUUCUGUUGAAUAAAAUAUACUGUUCAAAGGAGUAUUAUUUGGAGAGAUCGAGGGUCCUUGUUAGAAAGGCACGUGUGCUUCGUACAUGUGGAGUGCAAAGUAUAAGCAGCUGCCUUGAGUCUUUAUCUGAAGCCAUAUCUUUACUGCGAGACAUCCCACUGGAUUCAUCUCAAGGCAAUGCACCUGCAAUCCAUCAAUUAGCUAUUGCAUACUGCCUGCAUGCACAUUGUGCGCAGGAAGCCAAUCUUGGUGCGGAGGUAAUCUUUGAUAGCGCUCAGAAUGUAUUUGGCCUGUGGUCAAAGAUCAAAACUUUUGGUUACUAUUCUCCUGGUAUGAUAUCUCAGCAGCCAUCAGAAAAUCUUGUACCACUUCUUUGUUCUUUGGUUGAUUUGUUGGCAAUGAAGGGCUGCUUUGAGCUUCAAUUUGAUCUGUGCAAGCUUAUGAUAAUUAUAUGGAAGCAAGAAAACUUACCCCCUGAAAAGUUAUUUUCCAUGCUAUUUACCAAUGGGCGCCUCCAUCAUGCGUGUUGUCAUCUCCCAAUGGACCAACAAUUUAUUUCAAUUGCAGAGCAUCAUCUUGAUGUUGAUUGCCAUAGUACAGAAUUUUGGAGAAACUGUUUUAAAGGAGACCAUCCUUCUCUUUGUAUGUUUCUCCAGAGAUUGUGGCCUAUUGAUUCCUUUAUUUCUACGACAUGUGAACCUUCCUUUCGAAGGGAAUUUGGUUUCGGUGGUAGUGUUCAUGAGGUUGAUAGUGUCGCAUCAUCUUUGGUUUCUGAUGCUACUGUAAAUGAUCAAUCAACCUUUCUAGCUGGCUAUCUGUACUUUGAUUUAUCAGAAAGACUUCUAUCAAGAGGAGAACUUUUCCAGGCCUUUUCAUACGGAAAAGAGGCCUUGCAUUUACGCAAGAAGCUCCUAAGAAAGAAAUUCAAAUUCAAUUUUGGCAAGUUUACAAGUGGGGAAGCUCAAUGUUCUGGAGGGCAAAACUCUGUUUCACUUGAAGCAUGGGGAUCAACAAUAACUGAAAUUUGGCCAGAUUCUACCAGAUCAACUGGAACAAGAGAUUCUUUCCUUACUCCUUGGACUGUACUCCAGUGCUAUCUUGAUAGCAUUUUGCAGGUUGCUUUGCUGCAUGAAUUGAUUGGUAAUGGUGCCGAAGCAGAAGUUUUGUUACGAACAGGAAAGGAUAUAUCACAAUUUCAAGGAUUGCCGGUUUUUGGUGUCCUUUUCGCAUCAGCUUUAGGUCAAAUAUACCGCAAGAGACAGCAAUGGGACACCGCAGAGGGCGAGCUUAAAUAUGCCAGGGAUCUUCUUGCACAAAAUGCUACAUUCAUUUCGUGCAAGCUCUGCAAGUUAACUCUGGAUAUAUCACUUGAUGUGCAAGCUGGAGAUCUAUUUUGGAGUCUAUAUGAGAAAGACUUUCAGAAACAGUCAGCAGGCAAUUUGUCUAAUGCUCUAGGCAUGUAUCAGUCUGCCCUGGAUAAACUGAACGGCACCAAAUUGGAAUCUCCUGUUGACUCAUAUGAUAAGCUUAAAACUACUUGCAUUAUCUGCAGCAAAUAUGGGAAAGAACCAUUAGCUGCAAAUGAUGGAGUGUUACCUUCAUGUACUGUAUGUGCAAAUUUUAGUCAGGCUUCCGGUGAUCACUCGAAUGAGUUUACGGCAUUAAAAUUUCUGAAACAUAAGGAUUCUGAAUGUUGUCCACCAUUGGAUGUUAAAGUUAAAAGGACAACCAGAAAUUCAUCACGUUUAGCUAAAGAACAGAAUGUGGAAGCUCAUGUAAAAACUAGGACGCGCUCUAGUAAGCGAACUGCUCAUAUGAAAGGUGAAAAGGCUUCAACUGAGCUACACUGUAAGAAUGGCCUAUCUUGCAGCGAUAAUCUGUCCACAGAUACUUUGGUCCGUGGAAAAGCAAACUGUAUCCUUGAUGGCGUUGACCAGAGCAUAGAUUACACAUGCAGUAUAUUUGGAUGUUGGAAUUGCCUUUUUGUGAAUACACUCAACUCUGGGUCCAUCCAGAAUAUUUUGCAAUUCAGAUGGGAUUGUGUUUGGCAUCACAACCAUGUGUCUAUCCUGUUAAAAAUAGCAAAAGCCUUGGGUGCUCAUGGAGGAUUGCAUGGAGCUCAUAAAAUUCAUAAUAUCUAUUGGCAGUGCAUAUCAUUGUUGUACUUUAGAUCCCUUCCUCAGGAUUGUUAUAGAACUUAUGAGCAUAAUUUAUUUGGACUAAUCAUGGAUCAGAGCACUGGUGAUUUUCUUAUUUCAGAGAGGGCAGAAAUAUUAUAUAGUAUGAGUUUGUUUUUGCUCAAGGGCUUCCUUUCAGAACAGUCAAGGGACAUAUGCUGCCGCUUCUGCAGUGUACAAAUGUCUGAUGUUGUUCCUUGGUUGCUGAAAGCUUUUGUGCUGUCCAGAGAGAAUCCCUCACUUUUUCAGGAGGUUUGCAGGCUACUUGCAUGUAUAUUCUUACUUGCAACGAUUGAUUCCACGGCUCAAUUACCUUUAUACUCCAGUGGAUCUCUCUCUUUGAAUCAUUGGGCUGCAUACUUUCAUCAGAAUUCUGUUGGAACCUAUCUCGAUUGCCAGUACUUUGCUGGCUUAAAAUCAUUACUCAGAAAAAAUGACUCGAAGGCCGCUCUUGAAGAUUUUUCAAAUGCGUCAGAUGAGAGUCUCUCAAAGUUUUUCAGGUUUUCAUCAGCAGACAUAGGACAUCUUGAGAUACAUAUAAAAGAAUUCUUCCAUAAGCUUCCUGAUGUACCAAUUGUGUGCAUUAGCAUGCUUGAAGGUGAUUUUGUGAAUGUUCUUGGGGAAAUUCUUCUUCUCCCUUCUUAUUUUCCUGCUUGGAUGAUGCUUUCGAGGUUUGAUUCAACAAACAAACCUAUUACAAUGCUUUUGCCAGUGGAUGCUAUUUCUAAAGAAACCCAACAUGAAGAUUCCUGUACCAAAGAACUGGACAAUCUAAUGAGAGCCACAGAUAAGAAUUGGCAGUGCCCUUGGGGCUACACUAUAAUAGACUACGUGGCUCCUACUUUUAGAAAGAUACUUGAGGAGAACUUUAUUUCCCUCUCUAGUGCAACCCUCACUCUGAAUGAUGGACAAGCAAACCAUGUAAAGUGGUGGUCACAUAGAAUGAAGCUCAACAACCACCUUGAUAAGAUGCUGAAAGACAUGGAGGAAUCAUGGCUGGGGCCAUGGAAAUGCCUUCUCUUGGGGUAUGAUUUAACUGACCAACACAUUGAGGAAGCUCUGACAAACCUGAUUGCUGGUCUGGAAUCAGAAUUCAAAUUUGAAGUAAAUCCAGUGCUCAUCAAGGUCAUCCUUGGUGGUGCUAUGUCAGUGGAUGAAGUGCAGGACUGUGUUUCCCAACUUAUAUCGUAUAAAGGAUAUUUUGGCCGAGGAGGGUGUUGUGGGAAAGACAGACUUAGAGCCUUAUCUUCUUGCUGUAUUGAGUCUGAAGCUCUGGAGACAGUCGAAUGCUUAAUAAAAAGUACAGUGAAUGAGCUGAUUGAACCAGUUGAUAGAGAUCCAGUCAUUUUUGUUCUGGACACUAAUGUGCAGAUGCUUCCUUGGGAAAACUUGCCUGCACUAAGGAAUCAAGAAAUUUAUCGCAUGCCAUCAAUUGGAAGUGUCUUUCUAGCUUUGACUAGAAGUAAUAAUUAUUGGAAAGAUGCCCGUGUUAUAGCUCCUCCUUUUCCUGUCAUUGACCCUUUCAACGCAUUUUAUCUGUUGAAUCCUAGUGGAGACCUGAGCAGUACACAAGAAGAAUUUGAUCAGAUGUUUAAGAACUACGAAUGGAAGGGAAAGGCUGGGUAUGCUCCAACAGCUGAAGAGCUGGUGUUGGCCUUGAGGAAUCAUGAUCUUUUCCUUUAUUUUGGUCAUGGAAGUGGAACUCAGUAUGUCUCUGGAAAGGAAAUUGAGAAAUUAGAUAAUUGCGCAGCUGCUCUUCUUAUGGGUUGCAGUAGUGGAACAUUGCGUUGCAAAGGGUGUUAUGCUCCUCAAGGAGCCCCUUUAUCAUAUUUAUCUGCUGGUUCUCCAGCUGUUAUCGCAAAUCUCUGGGAUGUGUCAGAUAAGGAUAUUGAUCGAUUCAGCAAAGCAUUGCUCGGUUCAUGGUUGCAAGAGAAUUUUGUAGCGGCCAAAAAUUGCUCGAAGUGUUGCCAGCUAACACGAGAAUUUGAAUCCAUGACCAUUGCUGUGGAGGGUAAUGGCAGGCCGAGGCGAAGAGGCACACGAGGGAAGAAGUCCGAACGAAUGAAUAACUGUAGUAAGCGUUGCACUUGUGGCAACAGGCGAGUAGCUUCAUAUUUAAGUGAAGCUAGGCGUGCUUGCAGGCUUCCUCUUAUGAUCGGUGGAUCUCCCGUUUGCUACGGUGUGCCUACCAUCAUUAGGAAAAAGUAACUGCCCUGUGCUCAAGUGGGAGAUUUUGGGUGUCCAAUGCGCCUCCUGGUUCUGGGCAUUGAGCAAUCGAUGACAUGAUGGUGUAUGGCGUUUGACAGAAGUGAGCAUUCUUGGCACCGCAUUGCACGAGCUCGCAUGUGCUUGUGAUGUUUGUGAUAUUCAUUCGCCAUCUGGGAAUGUAGAUCAGGCAAGAUGGUGUGAAUUGGCAGAUGCCUUCGAUCGACGGUUUACUAGAAGAUCUGCUGUGGAAAUGCUCAUCGACCGUCGUGAAGAGAUACAAAUCUUUCUUCUUGCAAGUAUAUACAAGUAAAUGAUUAUAUUAAUAUAUGCUCUGUAGAAUGUAGUUAUGAACAAAAUUGUAAUGUUAUGUUACGGGAAAUCAUUUAGAGCAUGUAUGUUGAUGUCAUAAAGUGUAGGGCACUUCAACGAUGAAGUGUCGAACUCAAUGAUAAUGUAUUCUACAGUUUCUAUGUUUGGUUGAAACAUGAGCUCAGGUCAUUGUAAGA